CGGUAAGUGUUUUCGUAAGAUAGUAGUCCCAAGUCCCAAAACGACAGACAUCUUAACUCGGAGAAGCUUACCAAUUCCUCUCAGCUCUCCAUCCUCCCCUUGUAGGUCAAAGGUGGAUGAAUUCCACAGCCCAACAGUGCUUGUAAGAUAUAGGAUACCCUCGAGUCCUUGUUUUUUUGUUCUUUCCAUUCAACCCAAACCUUAAGAAGCCAUACCAAAGUCAAUAGAAGAACAAGAGCACACGAGAGAGAGGGGGGGAGGGGUCGUGAGCGAUGGCAGAAGAUCUCGAGACCGGGAUAUGCAGUGGAGGGAGCUGGUGGAACCCUGAAGGAAGCGGCAGCUUUGAUGCGCCAACCUCCAUGUCAUGCUCGACUGCAAUGGCUGAUAUGAUCGGAGGAAGAGCCUUCUGUUUGAGCGCUGCGUCGGGCGAUGACACCGCAGGAUCGGCCGGCGGUAGCUCCAUCGCUUUUCGAGAAAGUAAUCAUAUGCUCCAACACUCGGAUAUUCGCCCUUUGUUGAUCGAUUCGGCCAUCCCAAGCUUCGGCCUCGUCUCUUCCUCCAUGAACUGGACUCGAGCGUUAUCGUAUGGUGGAAGACCUGAGAGCAGCAGCCUUCAUGCUAUGCUCCAAGAGGAUCUCGGCUCAAGACCUUAUAUCAGGCAGGACACGCCGGCUGUUUCAAAUCAAACUCGUACCGGCGCUGAAAGUUGGACCGCGAAUCCGUCUAGCGACAUGAACCAGAAUCUCUUGGUAGAACAACACCAUUUCAGCUCAGGACACGAGUCCAGCGAUGCUGGUGUUGGCAGCUAUCAGUUCAUGUACGGCAAUCGACUAUUGAAUGGCUACCAGUCUCCGACGACCUCCUAUCAGGGAAGCUCGAACGAGCUGUGGCAACCUUCAUGGGCUAAAUUCUCUCAUCAGUUCCUUAAAUCCUCUCAUCCAAAGCAGCAGUCGAAUAACCAGCUGCAGUUCACCAACAACACUCCCUUUUGGAAUGCAUCUGCGGCUACCUCAGUUGGUGAGAUAAGGUCGGCCUUGUGUUCUCCGGCGACUUCGCAAUUUGACUUGCAGCCCAGAACUAUCUACCGUAAUCUCACAGCUAAGAUGAAUCCGGAAGGAAUUCAUGAUUCGUGUUCUUCCUCGACCAUGAAAACCGGAAGCGAGCCGGCGGCAACUAAAAAGCUCCGGACCGAGACACCUUCGCCACUACCAACCUUUAAGGUGAGGAAAGAAAAAUUAGGGGACAGAAUCACUGCUCUCCAGCAGAUAGUUUCGCCUUUUGGAAAGACUGACACUGCAUCGGUUCUCCAAGAAGCCAUCGAAUACAUUAAGUUCUUGCAGGAUCAAGUUGGUGUUCUAAGCAGUCCAUACUUGAAGAUGUCCGACAAGUCGAAGGAUUGCAGUGAACCGAAUCAAGAUCUAAGAAGCCGGGGACUGUGUUUGGUUCCCGUCGCAAGCACGCACCCGGUGGCAAGCGAGACCACAGCAGACUUCUGGCACCCCACAUUCGGAGGAAUCUUCAGAUAGAGAUGAUGAUUACACCGUCCAGUGAGGGAAUAGGGAUGAUGGAGCAUUUGUCUGAACCCCACGAUGUUGCAGAAUGUAAGCCGAAGAAAUGAUAUUUUAGAUUAGGAGCAAAGGAAUAUGUACCGUAUGUUCUUAUUAAUUUUUAUUAUAAUAAAAAUAAUAUACAUAUAUACUGCCA